AUGGUCUCUCAAAAUGUCUUCAAUCUGUGCCAAGCCACUGAAACUGUUAGUUCAGCUCUAGCAAAAGACCCAAGUCAAUCACCCGGCGACAUUGUCAAAGAAUUAUACCACCGCGAACACGAUAUCAAACCAACACCACCACCGUCACCACCAAACGAAUCCGUCAGUGCCGUCGAAACAGCCUUCCAAUGCGGCCGUUGGGGCCCAACCGUACCGAGUCAACUCUUCCUCCAAGCCUUCGCCGACGCUCUACAAUGUCUAGACAAAGACCCAAUGGCUGCAGUGGUAUCUCCUCCUCUCAUGGGCACCCAUGGCACGGUACCUCUUACAGUUAUUGCGCCUCUUGCGGAUAUUAUGCGGCAUACUGCUAAUCUUAUCGUGCGUGCUCAGAAGGAGGUGUUUCUGAUUACGUGCUCAUGGGCUCCAUCCGUCGCACAAAGACUGAUCAAGAGCGCCUUGAUCGAACUGUCAAGACGUGCUGGUCAGAGAGGGGAUAAAGUCGUUGUGAAGGUCAUGUACGACAAGGCCACGGCAGCCAAUGUCAAGAAUCCACAUCAGCACGUCAAGCAGAAAUCCUACACGUCUGAUUCAGUCGACCUCCCUUCACCAGAGGAGAUACCGAACAUCGAUAUGGAAGUCGUCAGCUUGCACAAAUACGUGCUAGGCACCUUGCAUGCCAAAUUCUGCGUGGUGGAUCGCAGGGCUGCGGCUGUUAUGAGCAACAAUACUGAGGACAAUGAUAAUCUUGAGAUGAUGAUCCAUGUCGAGGGACCUAUUGUUGACAGUAUAUACGACACUGCUCUUAUCACCUGGAACAUGGCUCUUAGUCCAACGCUCCCUCUGUGCGGCGAUUCUCCUCCCCCAUCCGAGAAUGGCGUGCAUCAAUCGAGCGAAGUGCCUGUGUUUCACGACCCAUUUACAGCCCAGGACCAAGUCGCCGAUGCUAGUGACCCAGCACUAAAGGAGCACACCCCAGAGGAUCCACACUACGACGAAGAUAUGGCAGGCGAAGUGCGACGCAUGCAAGCCAGCUACGAAGACAAAGACCACGAAUCCCUCCUUCAAGCAGCGAAUCGCAAACUCAACGUCGCAGCCCCGAAUAAAGUUGAUCCUACCGGACCUGAGAUCCAACACGGCGAAGAAAUGACGCCAUACAUCCUCAAUGAAAAUCCCACGCCCGUUCCCAUGGCCCUCGUGUCUCGUGCACCCUAUGGUCCUAUAGACACAAAGAAUGUCAAGGUUCCGCAAAACGAGGCCUGGCUAUCGUUGAUACGAAAUGCUCAACGGAGUAUCUUCAUCCAGACACCAGACUUGAACGCCGCGCCGUUGAUCCCUGCACUUAUCGAAGCCGUCAAACGAGGUAUUGAAGUGACAUACUACGUGUGUUUCGGCUACAAUGAUCCUGGCGAAAUGAUGCCCGGCCAAGGCGGAACAAACGAUCAAAUUUCCCAACUCCUCGUCUCAUCACUACCAGAAGGUAGCCCAGAGCGCGAACGUCUACAUAUAUACAAUUACAUCGGCAAAGACCAAAACCACCCCAUCCACCAAUCCUUGAAAUCCCGAUCCUGCCACAUCAAACUACUUAUCGUAGACGGCAGCGUCGGAAUUCAAGGAAGUGGUAAUCAAGAUACUCAAUCUUGGUUCCAUAGUCAGGAAAUCAAUGUUAUGAUUGAUAGUCCGGAGAUUUGUAAGAUGUGGAGGGAGACUAUUGAUAGGAAUCAGAAUACAAAGAUGUUUGGAAAGGUUGCGGAGGAUGGAAUUUGGAGGGAUAAGGAGGGGAACCCAGGGAAGGGAUAUAUGGGGAAUCCGGGGAGUGUUAUGGGGUUUGUCAAGGGUGCUGCUGGGAUGAUUAGUAAGUGGAAGAAUACGGGUGGGUUCUGA